AGAGAUUCAUGAUGGAGGAGGGAUAUGAGCUCGAUCUCACCUACAUCACGGAGCGCAUCAUAGCCGUCUCCUUCCCCCGGGGCUGCUCGGAGGAGAUGUACUCGCACAACCUCAAGGACGUCACACGGAUGCUCAAGUCCAAGCAUGCAGACAAUUACCUGAUCAUUAACCUGUCAGAGAGACGACACGAUCUCUCUAAAACGAACCCCAGGACACUGGAUACAGGUUGGCCAGACCUACAUGCUCCCCCUCUGGACAAGAUCUGCACCAUCUGUAAGGCCAUGGAGAGCUGGCUCAAUGCUGACCCUCUCCAUGUGGUCGUUAUACACUGCAGGGGGGGCAAGGGUCGAAUCGGUGUUGUCAUUUCAUCCUUUGUGCAUUUCACUGACGUGUCAGCCAGUGCUGAUCAGGCGUUGGACCGCUUCGCCAUGAGGAAAUACUACGAUGAUAAGGUCUCAGCUCUGAUGACACCUUCGCAGAAACGAUAUGUUUGGAUCCUCAACAGUUUACUGAGUGGAUCCAUGAAGAUCAACGCCUCCGCCUCGUUUCUGCACUGCGUCUUACUUCACGGGAUACCCAACUUUGACGCCACUGGAGUGUGUCGCCCAUACAUCAAGGUCUACCAAGGGAUGCAGGCGGUUUACUCAUCUGGUGUCUAUCAUAUUGGUCCCGGCCACAGAGACCGUGUGUGCAUCACCCUGGAGCCCGCCCAGCUCCUGAAAGGAGACAUCAUGAUUAAAUGCUAUCAUAAAAGUGACAUCACAUCGGAGCGUGAAGUUAUUUUCCGGCUGCAGUUCCACACGGGAGCAGUGCAGGGUUACAACCUGAUGUUUGAAAAGGAGGACAUGGAGGCUGCCAACAAAGAUCCAAGAUUCCCAGACUACGGUAAAGUGGAGCUCGUGUUCUCAGAGGGACCCGAGAAGAUCCCAGGGGCUGAGAGGUGGCAGAACGGACCAGAUGUUGUUGUGGACUACAACACAGCGGAUCCUCUAACCCGCUGGGACUCGUACCAGAACAUCUGUGAUGGCGAAGCGCCGCACUAUCAAGGCCUAACUCAGGACAAAGCAGCAAACAAGAGGAGCCUGGGCGGAGGAGGAGAGGCCACGUUGGGGCGCGGGGCCCGCACCACCUCCGCCACCUCCAGCCCCGACCACAGCGACCACACGCUGUCCGUCAGCAGCGACUCGGGCCUGUCCAGCACCUCUCUGUGGACGGACAAACCCGCGCCCGUCACCUCCAACAACGCCGUCAGGGUGAACCCGGGACCCAGCCAGCAGGAAAAGGUCCAGCUGAAGCGGCUCCUCAGUGGAUUUGGUCUCGAGGACCCGUCGCUGGAAGAGAUGGACGACCGAGGCCCUCGAGGGGGCGUGCAGCAGACGGGUCCUGCACAACUGCACGUGAACGGAGACGCCCGACCUCGCGAGAGGGAAACGGACAUCCUCGACGAUGAAGUCAUCACAGGUCAUGAUCUCCACAGCGUGGACAGCCUGGGAACCUUGUCGUCCUCGUGCCACAAGAGCAGUCAGAACUCCCUGCUGUCGGACGGCUUCGGGAGUCCCGGGGGAGAGGAACACCCGGGUCAGAGUCACCACCUCCUGCAUCAGACUGCUCCUUCUCACGUGGAGGAGUACGAAAGGUCCUACGCAGACGCUAGACGGGCCUGCCUGAGCUCCAGGAGUAACUCGGUGGCGUCCUCCAAUCCGGGCAGCGCUCCCGCUCUCAAGCAGCACGUGUACAGACAGGGAAGCUACUCCACGCAGUCCUGGGUCCGGCAGCAGCAGAUGGUCGCUGCCCAGCAGUUCAUCUACAUGCCGGAAGAUCGGAGCGACGCAGAGAGGUUCUCCGGGGGCAAAGCGGUGAGCGCUGCGCCCAAAGAAGGCCUGCCUCCUCAACGACAAGACCCCGUCAGGGACGCUAUCAGAAGCGCCGCCGCGCCUCAAAAAGACCAAGCGAUGACGAACAAUAACAACAACAUCAAACGGGACGAGGAGUUCAAAUCUCUCACGAAGGAUAUUGACAACUCCAUUGAUCAGCUCAACCAGCUCAUCAUGGACCUGGAUCCCACGUUCAUGCCGGCGUUGAGCCGCAGCCGCAGCACGUCCGUUAAAAAGAACGGCGGGACGCACCCCAACGGCUCCUUCAGCGAGUGUUCAAACGGCAUCGAUCUCAGAUUCAACGAUAGUAACGCAGCAACGCUGAAAAGCAAGCAGAAGACAGCUGUCGAGUCCAGUGAUGGGCGAGCGGGUGUAACGCGGACUCCAAGUUUCCAAGGAAGGGAUUUAAUGGAUCACACAGGCUUAUGUAACUCAAGGUGGGGGGAGACGGAGGAGUACCGGGGCCCGAGGACGUUUCCCCAGCGUGUCCCGCAGUCCCAGAACCACAUAUUCUACAGAAGUGACGUUGCAGAUUACAGAGUCCAGGGCCCAGAUGUGGACGGCGGAGUCGAGGCUGCCAGUGAGAUGACUCCACCCACUCCCGCCUUCCCCAUCUCUCCGCCGACGCCUUACGUGAAAAACAUGUCAGAACUGACCGACCUCCGGCAAAUCCCGUCUCCCGGCACGCAGUCGUACGGAGGCUUCGGCACAAGUCACGCGCCCCAGGGAUGUUCUGAUAUCAGUCACGUUGGGAUGGAAACUUUACCGGAGUCCUCCAUGAACUGCCACAGGAUGCUAAGUUCUGCAUGUUCCCAUCAGCAAACUGACAGCUCUUCCGUGAACCAGCCUUGGCCAGAACAUCCCCUCCUGAGCCGGCACUCUUCCCUGAGCAGCUGUGCGUCCACCCGACAGCCCCUGCAGCAUUCCCUGUCCCUGGACUACUGCCACCACUCUCCUCCGCUGCACCACCCCCACGUCCACCCUGCUCCCAACGCCCACAGCUCUCCUCGCAGCAGCCAGCGGAGCCGCAUGGCCUGCUACGCCCUCAGCCGGAGUCCCGCUCAAAGCUUUGACGAGCACGAGGACUCGGGCCAGUGCUACGGCACGGCCUGCCCCAGCAUGGGCAUCGCCAGGGGUCUUUUAACCUCCUUGGAUGGGCAGAACCAGUCACAGACUCCUCCCAUGCAGCCCCCACUUCUGCCGGAAAAGAAGCGGGUGUCGGAUGGAGAGCAUUCACUGGGGACGGCUUCUCCGGCCCUCAGCGGAUUUUCCAGUCCACACAGUGGGAGUUCCUUGAGUAUUCCUUUCCCCAAUGUGCUGCCCGACUUGUCGGCUCAGAUGCCACACGCAACCUCACCUUUGCCAGAUGUGCUAGCUGUCAAGCAAGUUACGGUCAAGUUUGUACAGGACACAUCGAAAUUCUGGUACAAGCCAGAUAUCUCAAGGGAUCAAGCUAUUUCAGUCCUGAAGGACAAGGAGCCGGGCUGCUUCAUCGUGCGGGACAGCCACUCCUUUAAGGGGGCCUACGGUCUGGCUAUGAAGGUGGCGACACCGCCGCCGUCAGUUCUCCAACAGAGCAAAAAAGGGGGAGAUCUGUCCAACGAACUGGUGCGCCACUUCCUAAUUGAGUGCACGCAGAAAGGAGUGCGGCUGAAGGGUUGUCCUAAUGAGCCGUAUUUUGGAAGCUUAACCGCGCUGGUCUGUCAACAUUCAAUCACUCCUUUGGCUUUGCCGUGUAAACUUAUCAUACCUGACAGAGAUCCUCUCGAAGAUGUUGUGGAGAAUACCUCCCAGUCAGUGACAAACUCUGCCGCUGAGCUGCUGAAGCAGGGCGCAGCGUGUAAUGUGUGGUACUUGGGUUCUGUGGAUAUGGAGUCGCUAACAGGCGGCCAGGCAGUGCAGAAAGCCACCAGCAUGACCCUGAGCGUCAACCCUCCGCCGACCUCCACGGUGGUCCACUUCAAAGUUUCCUCUCAGGGAAUCACCCUCACGGACAACCAGAGGAAACUCUUUUUCAGGAGGCAUUACAAUGUUAACACAGUGAUAUUUUGUGCUCUGGACCCAGAUGAAAGAAAGUGGAAGAAAGACGGGCACCCGUUAGCAAAAAUCUUCGGUUUUGUGGCGAGGAAAACUGGCACUUCCAUGGACAACGUAUGCCAUCUGUUUGCUGAGCACGACCCUGAGCAGCCAGCCAGCGCCAUAGUCAACUUUGUAUCCAAGGUGAUGAUUGGCUCGCAAAGGAGCAAGUAAGAAAGAUUGGAUCACCUGGAUAGAGGUUUAAAUGUUGACAAAGACUGGACAAAGGACUACGGAAUAAGGAGCAAAGCUGGUGAUGACAUGGACUUUAACCCUGGAUAAUAACUGGAUGUGGCAGACGGGCUAAUGAUUACCAUCACCAGACUUAUUUUAAAAGGAAACAUAUGAAUGCUUCGCUUUUCUGUAUGAACCCUUAAUUAGCCAGGAAAGGAAAAAAAACAAUAUAUAUAAAUAUGUAUGUACUGUAAUGUCUCAUAGAUAAUUAUUAGUCCAACAUUCAGUACACGAUGGCUGCUUUUCCAGUUCGUGCAUAGCAUUUAAUGGACAAAAACAGAAAGCUCUACGUUGUUGUUUAUUUUCUUAUCUUAUAUUUAACCAAAACAAACUUCAUUCAAGCUAUUAACAAACUGUACAACUGUAGGUAAUCUAGAGGCACAUUUGUGCUGCAGCUGUCCAGUAUUUCAGUACAGAGUUAUAAACAAGGAAAAAGCAAAUAGCAGAUAUGUGUUAUUUGGAUUCUGGAACCAGUGGCAUUGCAAUUAUGACUAUGUUUCCUUUUUUCUUUUUUAAUCUAUGCAAUGUAUAUAUUUUUUUUACACUAUGGUCCUCUAAACAUGUGAAGCAUGUAAGUGGCUUCUUUAAACUCUGUUAGAUUUUUGAACGUGACCACUUUAAAAGCUGUCUCUGAGAUUUUUAUACAAGCAUGAGUGUAUGAGCGUGUGUGUUCACAUCAGAGAAACCGUAGAAAAUGUUUUAAUGAAGCCCUUAUAUAUACAGUAUAUAUAUAUAUAUAUAUAU